GGUGUGUCUUAAACAGUUGUAUGAAAUGACAGGGAGCUGAACGAAGGGCUCUACCUUUUUCCGCAGAAAAGUUCCAAAUUCCGUAUUGAUUUUCGAAGUGCCGUCCUACCGGGAGCAUCCUCCGAGCGUCCUCGCUAACAAACACCAUGAACAGCGAUGUUCCGCUAGCAGCACUCCUAAUGCCAGUCUUGGUCAAACCCAUCCUGGAGAAGCUGGAACGCAAGGAAAACGCUGCAGCUCAAAUUCUGCAGACAUCCCUUUUGAGAACAGAGAAAAACUCUCCGGGCUUCUUGCUGGACCUGGUUCGAACUCUGAUGAGGGAAACACGGACCGAGGAACAGAUUAAUCUGACCGAGCAGGUCUUGAGACUCCAGGGUAGCUUGGCUGACUCCGAGCCAGACAUCCGAAUAAAUCGACCUGAAGAGGCGUUCCAGGAGUUGAAUAGAAGAGUUGUGUAUCUUAAGAAGGUCCUAUCUCGGGUCCCGGAACAGAUCGGGGAUCGACAGAGUUUUCUCGAUACUAUCAAAGAUAUAGCAUCGGCUAUCAAAAAGCUCCUCGAUGCCGUAAACGGCAUCACGACGAGCUCGCCCCACCGGAAGCACGCCUUGGAGCAGAGACGUCGUGAGUUCGUCAAGUAUUCGAAACGGUUCUCUAACACGUUGAAAGAGUAUUUCAAAGAGGGGGAAGUGGAACCCGUCUUCCUCUCUGGCUUGUAUCUAAUCUACCAAGCCAAUCAGAUAAUUUAUUCGGCGAAGCGUGACUUCGAGAGACCUACGAUCAACGGCGGUGGUCAGCCGGUCAAGUCCUGAGCUCCAUGCGUAUCUUCGCG